UCGAAGAACCUCUAGCUCCUCUUCCUCUUUUUUAUACCUUCAAGAAGAAACCCAAACCCCUCAGAAAACCCUAGCAAAGAAAUCUCAAGUUGAAGUGUGACAAUGCCGGAGUCCAGGGACAGGCGGUCGAGGCCGGUGGACUAUGCGGCCGUGUUCGUUCGCCGGAGAGCGGCUGGUGCCGGAUUUAUUCUAGAGGACCAGGAAACGGGUCCGAAUUUGUUCGACACCCCGGUCAGGCGGGUGACGACUGCUACGACUCCGUCGACACGUGGGCAAAGAGCGUUGGGUACCACACGAGGUGGUGGGUUCAGAAGAGGCGGAUUCGGAACGCCAAGAAGUGUGAGUAGACGGGUUCUGUCCGGGUCUCCGGCCACGGGUCGGGAGAACACUCCAAGUACCUCGUGGGGAUCGGUUCGGAACAGGCCCAGGAGCAGUGUGUUACCUUCUUGGUACCCGAGAGUUCCUCUUCAAGAAAUCACUUGGGUUAUGCGGGCAAUUGAAAGGAGAAGAGCUCGGUUGGGAGAUGUCGAAGGCCUAGAAAUCGAGAGUCCUGUUCCUGAGGGCCAAAGGAUUCUUGACCCUUCUGCACUAGUGUCAGGUGCUCAACUCGAGCACGAUCUCUCUUUGAUCUCUCCAAGGUCAGCUGUCAAGCCUCGAACACCUGCUGUCGGUAAGGUUCCAAAGAUCUUGCUUGAAGUAGCUAAUCAAAAUGCUGGAGGAACAGAGUUUCUCACACCACAGAAGAAACUCUUGAAUUCAAUUGACAUGGUUGAGAAAGAGGUGAUGAAGGAAUUGCAGAAACUGAAGAGAACCCCUAGUGCAAAGAAGGUGGAGAGAGAGAAAAGAGUUCGUACUUUGAUGUCAAUUCGUUGAUUCUGUUCAACUUCACAGUGAUUAGAACCAUGACAGAUCAGAGCACCCAGAAAUCGAAAGACAGAAGGGACGAGAUUGAUCAUCACUUGAUGAUAUUUGGACGGUGAGAUUGAUCAUCAUUUGAUGAUAUUCCGGGACUCUUGAAGUAGAUGUAGAUAUAUCUCAUGUUUUCUCUACUUGAAUUCGUUUAUAACACAUCUAGCCAAUUGUCAUUCUUUGAUAGUCAUGUGUGGGGCUAGUAGCUAUCGUAUGAAUCUGAUGUACAUAAUGACAACAUCUCACUUUCAAUUACACUACUUCAUAAGGCCUUUUGCUAAUAUACCAUUACU